AACCGAGAGCUCGCGCUCUACUCCCACAAUGCAGCACCCAAGUGCAGAAAGGGAAUGAAAAGGACGUAUCUAACAUUACGAGGGCAAACAGCCAAGUUGAAGGAGCAGGUUGGGUGCAGUUUGUGGGGAAGUGUGCAAUAAAAGAGUGGAGUUGCGCGCGCCGCGGGGCUGGCCGCCGUCCCCCGUGGUCGGUGGCGGGGCUGCAGGAACCCCUCCCGGCUUCGCGGCGGGGCGGAGGGGACGGGCCUCCUUCCUGCGCAGGCGCGGCCGCGACUCCGCGGGCUCUGCGGCCCAAGGGCGGCCGGACCCCGCGGGAGGACCCGGAAGAGCCCAGGCCACCGCGGCCAGGAUGGGCCGGAAGGUGACCGUGGCCGUCUGCGCGCUCAACCAAUGGGCCCUGGACUUCGAGGGCAAUUUGCAGAGGAUUUUAAAGAGUAUUGAAAUUGCCAAACGCAAAGGAGCAAGAUACAGGCUGGGACCAGAACUGGAAAUAUGUGGCUACGGGUGUUGGGAUCAUUACUACGAGUCGGACACCCUCUUGCAUUCACUCCAAGUCCUGGCUGCCCUUCUGGAAUCUCCGGUCACUCAGGAUAUCAUCUGUGACGUGGGACUGCCUGUCAUGCACCGGAAUGUCCGCUACAACUGCAGGGUGAUAUUUCUCAACAGGAAGAUCCUGCUCAUCAGACCCAAAAUGGCCUUGGCCAACGAAGGCAACUAUCGGGAACUGCGCUGGUUCACCCCAUGGUCACGGAACCGGCAAACAGAGGAGUAUUUUCUCCCCCGGAUGAUACAGGACGUGACAAAGCAGGAGACUGUGCCCUUUGGAGACGCAGUACUGGCCACCUGGGACACCUGCAUCGGGAGCGAGAUCUGCGAGGAGCUCUGGACGCCCCACAGCCCGCAUGUGGACAUGGGUCUGGACGGCGUGGAGAUCUUCACCAACGCCUCGGGCAGCCACCACGUGCUGCGCAAAGCCCACGCCAGGGUGGAUCUGGUGACCAUGGCCACCACCAAGAACGGGGGGAUCUACCUGCUGGCCAAUCAGAAGGGCUGUGACGGGGACCGGCUCUACUACGACGGCUGCGCCCUGAUCGCGAUGAACGGCCGCAUUUUUGCGCAGGGGGCCCAGUUCUCCCUGGACGACGUGGAAGUCCUCACCGCAACGUUGGAUUUGGAGGACGUCCGAAGCUACAGGGCGGAGAUUUCAUCUCGCAACCUGGCGGCCAGCAAGGUGAGCCCCUACCCCCGUGUGAAGGUGGACUUCGCCCUCUCGUGCCACGAGGACCUGCUGGAGCCGCCGUCAGAGCCCGUCGAGUGGAAGUACCACAGUCCCGCGGAGGAGAUCAGCCUCGGACCCGCGUGCUGGCUCUGGGACUUUCUGAGACGCAGCCGGCAGGCCGGGUUUUUCUUGCCCCUGAGCGGCGGGGUGGACAGCGCAGCCACCGCCUGCCUCGUCUACUCCAUGUGCCACCAGGUCUGCGAGGCCGUGAAGCACGGAAACCAGGAAGUGCUGGCUGACGUCCGGGUCAUCGUGGACCAGCUCAGCUACACGCCCCAGGACCCCCGGGAGCUCUGCGGGCGUGUGCUGACCACCUGCUACAUGGCCAGUGAGAACUCGUCCCAGGAGACGUGUGACAGAGCCCGGGAGCUGGCCCGGCAGAUCGGAAGCCACCACAUUGGUCUCAACAUCGACCCAGCGGUGAAGGCCGUCAUGGGCAUCUUCAGCCUGGUGACGGGUAAAAGGCCUCUGUUCGCGGUUCACGGAGGAAGCAGCAGGGAGAACCUGGCCCUGCAGAAUGUGCAGGCUCGGCUAAGGAUGGUCGUGGCCUAUCUCUUCGCUCAGCUGAGCCUCUGGGCCCGGGGCGCUCACGGUGGACUGCUGGUGCUCGGAUCGGCCAACGUGGAUGAGAGUCUCCUCGGCUACCUGACCAAAUAUGACUGCUCCAGUGCGGACAUCAACCCCAUCGGUGGCAUCAGCAAGACGGACCUGAAGACCUUCGUCCAGUUCUGCCUGGAGCGCUUCCAGCUCCCUGCCCUGCAGGGCAUCCUGGCAGCACCAGCCACCGCAGAGCUGGAGCCCUUGACCGAUGGACGGGUGUCCCAGACAGAUGAGGGGGACAUGGGCAUGACGUACACGGAGCUGUCCGUCUACGGCAGGCUCCGGAAGAUCGCCAAGGCCGGGCCCUACAGCAUGUUCUGCAAGCUCGUCACCAUGUGGAGAGACGUGUGUUCCCCGCGGCAGGUGGCCGACGGAGUGAGGCGCUUUUUCUCCAAGUACGCUGCGAACAGACACAAAAUGACCACGCUCACACCCGCGUACCACGCGGAGAGCUACGGCCCCGACGACAACAGGUUCGACCUGCGGCCAUUUCUGUACCGCGCCGGCUGGCCCUGGCAGUUCCGGUGCAUAGAGGAUGCGGUUCUCCAGCUCGAGAGCAGGGGCCGUCAGGACCUGGAUGGUGUUGACUGACGCCGGCUCCUGCCUGGAGGGCCCCUCCCGCAAGGGUCCCAUAUGUGAGGACACCCCAUUUCCAAGGGGCCAACCUACACCCAGAAGAAUUUUAGCAGCAUUACUUGUGCAAGACUGAAAACGAGCAGAAUUUUAAGACAAAGGUUGAAACCACUGACUCUCCACGGUUGGCAAGUGUGACCCUACCAGCCCCCUGACGAGCUUUCCAAAGGGUGAUUUGACAAUAGCCUGAAAAGACCCAAAGAUGUGCAUUUCACAUGGGAAGUCUGCUCCAGCAAUUUGUCCACGGUUUCUAUAUGAAGGGGAGGCUGUGACGGGACUUACUCUGCAGGUGCCUGACUUGGUUGGGGUGCUGCUGCUUGCUGACCGGGAGGCGUGACUUCUGCCAGGAGAUCGUCGGGCCCACUUGGGAACUUGCCACCCGGCAGGGGGGCUGUCCUCUCUGUUCGGCAGGGCGGGUGCCACUCCCCUGCCCUGCCUCCUCACCCAGGGUUCCCUGGAGACCCCCGUGAGGGGUGCCCUCGGUUUCUGCCUCCCGAUGAAAUAAAUGGCAGGGUUCACAGCGCUGUUGAUGGAAGACAGGAAACAUCAUGGUGAAUGAACCCUGAAUCCUUGAGGAAGAACUUGGUACUGAAUCGCUCAGGACAAAACUGGAUUGUUUCUGCCUCUUGGUGUAGACAGAAUGAGAGCCUGUAUUCAUUUUUUUUAAGUAGAC